AGAAACUUAGGGAGUCUAUGCGGGGUAGAACUCCGCGCUCGGCUGAGGAGCGAUAUGGCUUCUCUCAACAACAUUCUAAAACAACUUGAAAGCAAUAAGAUCACCGCACGCCAAGCCGGACUAACUGGCCUUAGGGAAUACUUCGCCAAGGAGCACCAUAUCCUUAGCCUCGAUGAAGAGGGCAAUUGCAAGGCAUGGAUCGUCGUCUUCCAGAAGCUUUUCAAGUGCGUGGAGACCGAGAGAGACGAGGUUUUGAAGAAGAACUCGCGUGCCGCGAUGGAUCGUCUCAGCAAUGCAGCAUCUGCUGUCCGGUGGCUCAUAGGAAAAUGUCGACAUCGGCUCAACACCAAAGCCGUCAAAGUACUGUAUCAGCACUUGAUUCAGUAUAUGAUUCAUCGUGGAGAGCUGCAUGGUCCGGUGGGGUUGGACUACAUCAAGGCAUUCCGUUCAAUCUACUCCUGGCGACCUCAUAUGGACCACAUCGAUCCAUCGACCUGGGUCAAGAUAGUGCGGAUAGGGUUCAAUGUGAUCCUCGGCGAUCCUCUAUCCUCAGAUCUCACGGAUGCGCCGCCAGACUUUGAAGACCAGGACGAGAAGAGUGUCGUCUCCGAUAUGUACGAGGAUGAUGACGACGACGAGGAGAACCACACGGAUGCUACAGUAUCUUCACAUGCGUCCAAAAAGCGACGGCGGGGUGCUUCUAGAGGUCUCCCUACGCCGAAGAAGAUGCGUGGAACCCCGAGACCGCAACACCAGACCGUUACACUCGAACAGAUCGAAUUCAUGUCGCUCCUGGCUCUUAUGAUGAACUCGAGCUCCGCUCCAUUCCUCUCUCCCGAUUAUCCACAGCUUCCGUCUGCCCUCCUGCAGCGAUUUGGUCGGUUUUUGAAGGUCUACCCAACAGAUACCUCCCUCCGUCAUGAUUAUCUCCUCGCCCUCUCCGCUACGCUCGGCCACCUCUCUCUGAACAAAACAAUACACGUUCGAGUUUUCGCACUGAGCUCUUGGGACGGGCUAAUAUCAAUGUGGGAUACCAAAAACAAGAACAUGAAAGAAACCUUGAUCGGCGUACUCAAGAUUUUGUUCCCAUUCCUGUCGACCUCGACCCCACACAGCUCAAGAGAAACCAGGCUUAACGACGGAAUCUAUAGGCUUUGGAAAGUUCUCGACGGAGAAGCUGCAAAUCGUCAAGGUACAGACGGGUUAUCUCUCGCCUGUCUCAGACUGGACGUUCAGGAGGGAGAAACGGACAGUAGGGCCGCUUUUGUGGCAGGCACCUUCCGGCAUGGCUGGAACUUUGACCCAUCGCAAGCUUUGGCCUGGGUUAUGUUGGAACUGCAAGCAGACUGCAUUGCGAAGCUCUACGAAUCCUCGGAGUCAGUGCAUGGGAGUGCAAACAUCAGUAACGAGGGGAAACAGUCAGCUCUCGACAACCCCGUCACAUUUUUGCUUCAAUCGAUUGAUGCGCAAUCUCCGCCCACCGUCAGAGCAUACCGGUUGCAGAUAUUGUUGUUCUUGAUCGACAGACACUGGACGAAUCUACAUCUUGACUUGCAAAGACAGGUCAUAGAUACUCUACUCCAAUUCAUCUCAGGGGAUGACGCGACCGUGCAGUCUUUCAUCUUCCUUUGUUUCGCGGCCAUUGCCCGCCAUGGUCCCAGUACUUUCGCCGGUGAUGACUCUGACACGCUCAUUGGAUCGACCAAUUUCCGAAGUUCAGCCAUUUGGGACACUAUCUGGACCCAUGCUUUGCGUCGGGUUAACUCUCCCAUCGUGUGCCGCGCGGCUUGCCAUGCAGCGUCAGUACUCCUCACGUACGCGAGGGAUGUUUUGACCUCGAACCGUGUCUUGGCGGAGGUUGAAGCAUUUGCGAAGGACCUGGAUGUUCAGGGCCCUUCAUAUCCCUAUGAUUCCGUCUGUCGCUUUCUCUCGAUUUGCCUCCACGUUGCCAGUCAAGAUGUGAGAUUAUUCAGGAUGCAACUAGAGGAGAAGGCGCUGAGCUGGCUGAUUGACACGUGGCAACCCUCUGGACUACGCCAGGGAAACCGAUCUCGAGAGGGAGCAACUCAGUCUUACUUGGUCGGAGACAUCCUCGGCCUGAUGGAACGCAUCUGCUCGAUGUCGCAACCAAGUGGCGUGUCCGGAAGGGUAUUGCUACCGGAUUGCGAAAUCGCCAAUUUGCUCGUCGAGGAGCGCAGGACGAUGGUCAUCAGGCGUUUUCUUCUGGACGCCGAGUUGCCGCGUUUCCGAAUCCGUGGCAAGACCAGCUACAUGAAUACUGGAUCCGUUCCUAUACCAGCCCGGCCCCCUUCUAGCGCGUUGGGGGUAUUUGAUAGCGAUCUAGCCCCACCUAAGAGUCGCGAGCGCAAACUGUCGACAUUUCUCCUGCGAACCCUAGAAUCAAUCAAUCUCGAAUCCCAUGAUGACUCUGGCAAGGUUUCCCAGCUAAGCGCCGAGCAAGCAAGAGAGGCGCUUGAUUUUGCUGUGAUCAGCCUGACGUACGAGGCAACGCUAGUGCUCAACGGGACCAGAUCGAAUCGUAGAUUGGUGCAAGCCUCAUGCAAAAUCGUGUCACGGAUUGUGCCGAACCUGACGGCGUCGCAUUGGGAAGCUGACGAAAAGCUGCUCGUGCUUCUGGGGCUAGAACCGUUGAUUACUGCAGAGGAAGAGAACGAGGUCAACGAACGUUGGGAGGCAAUGUCAGCACCGGAUUCAGGCACCGGAAUCAGGAGGGAAGUCUUGAAUGCAAUGUUUCGUGAAGUUGGGUUGGCAAACGCAGCAAAGAAGAGACCCCGCCGUGAGUUACAGCGUAUCAUAUGGCAGAGUGCAGAUGUCCAAGACGCCUUUGCGGAUGCUAUGUUGGUUUUGAAGGACUUUCUUCGCGCAUCCUCAGGCGACCGACUGGGCGCCUCAAGUGCUCGAACACAUCGUACCGAUGAUGAGGACUUCUUCGUACCCGACCGUUCGACGCAUAUAGGCGCAUCAGAGUCGCAAUUUCAGAGUUCCGCGCACACGAACCCUUCACUGAAUACCGCUAUUCAAAUAUGCAUAUCUUUCCUUGCCCUUGCACCCAUACUGCAGUCCUCGUCUGGGGAGUCAACGCGUGACAAGGAGCUUGUGGACGUUGUUUUAGAUUCUGCUGCGGAGCAAUUCCUUGUCAUCGGGUCGGCAUUCCUGGAUAACGUUCGGCAUCGGACUCUCGAUCUUAACGUGACGAAUAUCGGAAGAUUCUUGGAAAAGUUCGAACCACUUCUACAACAGUACACCUUCUCGCAUGACGUGCAUCUCCAAGUCCUGAUUAUUCAUUUCUUGGACGCUACUCUGGAGACGUGGUCCCAACCAUCAAUUGCUGCUAGUCAGCUGGGAGAGCAGGUCCGGAUACUCUACGAGUGGCUAUCGCAGAGGUUAUCGACUGGAAAGAUCCGCGCGUGGCGAAUUCGCGACCGCAUGGCCCAGUUCCUUGGCCGCUAUGUGUCCAUCGAUCCGUCUCAACAAGCGAUUUCUAUGGGUCUUGACGGAGAACACGGGGACUCGGGGGAUACCGCUAUUCUGCCCUCUAUUAUACUUCCUUUGCUAGGAGGUGAUGAGGACGUCCGAGUCUGCUUUCGUGUGGCAACUAUCAAUGCGAAAUUAUUCUCCCUCAUGCGCUCCGUAUCCCAUGAUCCGAUGAAGCUUUAUACGACAAUCAUAGCAUCUCUUUGCACGGACCUCAUCGAUUACGAGAAGAUGGCAGUGAGGACGCUAUGUCUCGGAAAUAUCAUGAUUCUGAGCGCCGAAGUGCGACGCGGCGCUUACUGGAAUCUGCUUGAAGCUAGCCUUAUGCAGUCACUGUCCGAGGAAGGGCCGGCGAGCUGCCUCUCCCAUAUCGAAUCCGUCCUCCGAGGCGUGGCCGAAAGAAUGGGCUUAGCCAACUUCUCCGACUUAUUCCUAACGUAUGCUGCACCAAUUGCAUCCGCUGUUCGACAACGCCAUCACGACUUCCUGCGCUUCUCCCCUAAUUUGCUCGGAUUCCAAGAUCGAAGGCAGUGUGCAGAGGCAACGUUCUUACCUUUCGCAAUCGCGAAUGUCGUUGAUGGCGGGCGCAGCGUGGAGGACGUGGUGUUUGGCGAAAGGCUGUUCCUGAACCACUGCAAAGCUAUCCAGAAAUCCGUCUCUGAGGGGGUGAUGCAAUGCUUCCCAGAAAUGGUCGGCUGUCAAAUCGUCAUCUGGAUGGAUCGCCAUCUUGACGCGGAUCCUGAUGAUACUAGUGAUCCCGAGAAGCUGCUCAGAACCACGACUAGUGCCAUCGGAGACAUGUUCGACGAUAUGCUUCAUCAGAGAGCAGAUGUUAUAGUUGUCGCAAUCCUUCGCGCACUUGGCGAUCAGGAUUACACCGCGGAAGGACCUAUAGCACAUGCACUCCGCCAGGGUCAUUACAGCGAAAGCACGUACCGCACCUUCCUUGCUUUGAUCCGAUACAGAUCGGCGAGUGACCACCACAGUCACACCCCCAAUCCCCCGUCUUUCAGCCCGAUCACUAUCAUACGGGCGCUAGAAUGGUAUCUCGCUCGGGAGCCGAAGGCCGAUGCCCCUGCGGUCAGCUAUCACGUCCUCCAUGCGCUGUUUGCAGCAAUACACGCCUCUUGUCUCGUCAAUGAGCAGGUUCGACUUUUGAAUGCUCUUUCACUAUGGAUCGCAUUCCGUCACCGCCACUUUCAGGAGCCCUCGCUGCUGCGGACCCUUCUCAACGGUUACACUUCGAUCAUGGCACAAAUUGAACUAUCCGCGGCAGCUCGAUCUGCGCUUGAAUGGGCGAUCGAGCUUGUGAGCAAGGUCGGGGAACGGGAUUCGCGACUUCCCGACAUUCUUGUCCAAAUUUGCUGCAUUGCCCAUGAUUUCAGUCGGAAUGGGGAAGACGCUAUGAUUUCGAAGCUGGGCGUUGACCUCGUCAAAUGGAUCGAAGCACAGACCCUCGCAUUGUGUAGAUCAGACGUGCUGCGUCCUGCCAUAGUAGAAAGGGCAUUGCCGGCGUGGCCAAGAGAGCCCUGCGCCGAACUUGCUGAGAUGUCGGCGGACACCACUGCGGACGGUCUUUCGUCGGUACUUGGUGACGCACGGAUUACAGCCAACAAGUUUCGGAUGGUCCGGCGGUUGCGCGAUGUCGCUCUCGCCGGAGAUGUCACAGCAGACCGUUUCGCUCAAGCGGACUUCUGGCGACUGAAGGACUGCAUCCCUGCCGGUCAUGAAAUCCAAGACGAAGACAUCGAUGCUUUCGCCACGCUCCUUCUACUUCACAAAGGACACGUGGAAGCGUAUGCGAAUGAUCAAGCGACAGCUCAAGGACUAUUGUCCAGACAUCGACGUGCGUCUAAAAAGAAGGAACCAGGGGUCACUCUCGACUAUCGAGCAUUGCCGUAUCGUCCCAUCGUUCAAACACUACUCGUCAUGGUGGACAGAGCUGCCGGUUCACAGGUAUAUGCCGCCUAUCGCACUCUUCGUCUAUUGAUGUGCGGACCUCUUCGGGACCAAAUGGACCUCAAAUCCUGGUCAUCGGAAUAUCGCAAGGAACUUGAGUAUUUGCAGCAAUACUGGCGUGCACCCCAAACUCGAUCCGCACGCUCUGUCACGGAAUUGACUGCAGUGGACACUAGCCCCAAAGACUUUGCACUAUGGAUCACCGAAGUCACUGUCCUCUUGGCUGACGUCCUAUCCUCUGAAGAUUCAUUCUACGUUCCCCUUGUUCCCCUACUACAAACGAGUUCCGCAUUCGCCGAGGAAAUGCUUCCGGUCCUGGUUCAUACCAUCCUGCACUUGGAGCUCUAUCAAGACUCAUCUGCAUCAUCAGCACGCAACCUGCUAUCCGCCUUUUUCACAUCCAUUCUGAGCUCGUCGGGCUCGUGUAUUCCAUGCAUCACUACAGUAGUCAACACCGUACUACACCUUCGAAACUUCAUGCCUCCGCGUGCUAAGGACCCAUUGGCGUACAACCAGUGGCUAUCGGUGGACUUCGUGCUACUCAGCCGGAGCGCUGUUGCAUGCGGAUCUUAUACCACGGCCCUUCUGUUCCUCGAACUCGCUUUGGAACAUAGCACUAGAACACCUGGAGAACAGCCCUUGCCCGAAGAUGUUUUGUACGAUAUCUACAGCCAUAUCGGAGAGCCAGACGGGUUCUACGGCAUCAAGACAAGCGAUCUGCGGCAGUUCCUGGUCAAACGCCUUCACCACGAAAAGCAAUGGGACAAAGCUUUCCAGUUUCAUGGUGCGGCCAUGGAGGCCGUUAAAUCGGAUCAAAACGAGAUGGAAGGCGUAUUGCAAUCCUUGCACGCGUUCGGCUUCAAUCGGCUUGCUUUAUCCACGCUACAUGAGAACUUUAGUGCGGACAUGCCCUCCAUCGGCGGUAGGACAGCCAUCAUGAGCUAUUCAAUCGGAUGGCGAACAGAAACAUGGGACUUGCCUCAACACCGAACUGAGCAAAGCUCGAGCGCAGCGCUUUAUACCGCUUUCAAGGCUGUUCACCGGGAGAGGGACGAUCUUUCUAUCAACGACACCGUUCGAAGCAUGCUUGUUCAAGAGAUGACGCGGUUGAAGUCUUUGGGAAACGAGAAUGUGACAGAGAUCCGGGAAGUUACUCGCACUCUGAUGUGUUUGAGCCAGAUGGGUCAAUGGCGCAGUCGUGGUAUCACUACCAACUUCCAGUCAUAUCAAAUCAACGACCAAGUUUGGGAAGGAAUUUCCUCGAUUGAUCCCGAUUUAGACUUCUCGGACCUAGAAGCAAUCAUGGCCACAAGAGUAUCUCUUAUCCGUGCAGUGCUGCAAAAGGAGCAGCGAGAGCAGAUCGGGCAAUUGAUCACGCCUUUCGCUCGGUGCUUGAUUGAAGCGGAGCAAAAAUGUCUGAUCAUGAUCUCCGAGGCAGCUCGCGAAUCGCGGCACUUACAAGUGGCCAUGAACUCCGUUAUGUCCGCACAGACGCUUGAGACCGUUCCAACUCCGUAUAUAUCCCAAGAGUUUGCUAGCGUUCUUUGGCUGCACAAAGAACAGAAACUGGCGAUACAGCUGCUCAAGCAGCUCCUCAACGUCUCAAAUACUUCCUCUCCUCGGCCAACGACGAUCGAUCCUUUGACCGAUGCCGGCCUCAUUGCCCGCCUGGGCGCUUGGGUAGCUGAAGCGUGCUUAGAGAAGCCUCUGGAGAUUUUGACCAAUUUCUUCGAUGCCGCCGUUUCUCUACUUCCACGGGUGGAUCCAGCAGAUGCGAAAAGCCGACAGUCUCAUGCCGCUGUAUACCGCCAGUAUGCCGUUUUCGCCGAACAUCAGUAUCAAGCAAUUACGCAAUCACCGGAUGUCAUCCGAUGGAGGCUAUAUGCUGACAGGAAAAGACAGGAGAUCAAGAACCGACAAGAACAAAUGCAAAGGUCACAGCGCAACUCCAGGGAAUGGGCGGAUAUGAUGAAAGAACAGAAACGUGCAUGUGCGGUGCUGGAAGAGGAUGAAGCUGCGUUCCAACGUCACAACGGCACCCGAGAACUUUUCUUGCGACAGGCCAUCCUCAUGUUCUCCCGCUGUUUGGAGGCCAGCGAUUACUACGAUGAUGACUCUGCCCUGCGGCUGUGUUCCCUGUGGUUCGCGAACUUUGACCUUCCCGCCAUUCAGGAUGCUGUGCGUGACGCACUCGAUCGGGUACCCUCGCGGAAAUUUGUUUUCCUGGCUCAUCAACUAUCCGCACGAAUGUCGCAGCACGAGUCAGAUCAGCUGCCUGAAUGCCAGGAGCAUCUUCAGACGCUGCUGACGCGGAUGUGCAAGCAGCAUCCUUUCCAUAGCCUCUAUCAGGUGUUCUGUCUGAUUCCGACACGACCAUCCCCGGAGCCCACUUCGUCCCACAGAAGGCAUUCGACCCGCCUGGAGCCCGCAGGCUCGCAGAUAGGGCGUGUCACCGCAGCUCGCGGAAUCUUUGACCGUCUGCGGAAUGAUGAGGUCACUGGCUUGAGAGUUCGCAACGUCGAAUAUCUGUGUAAGGCAUCUCUCGAGUGGGCACAAUUGCCUAUCAAACGUGACAAACGCUACGACAAGAGACACAACAAAGGACCCUAUCCAGUUCCAGAUUCCGCUGCGAUUCUCACCAUUCGCGAUUUACCCGUCCCGGUGAUCACCGCGCAUACGCCUGUGGACCCAUCAAUGCAGUAUACGAACUGUGUCUGGAUAUCGCGUUAUGAAUCGACUUUCCAGACAGCGGGUGGUAUUAAUCUGCCCAAGAUAUCUGUGUGCCUUGGUACGGAUGGACGACCAUACCGUCAGCUCUUCAAGGGAGAAGGCGACGAUGAUCUUCGACAGGAUGCGGUCAUGGAACAGGUAUUCGAUCUCGUCAAUGUUGUACUGCGAAGAGAUCGGGAGACGCGGCGUCAGAAACUCAGCGUCCGAGGCUACAAAGUCAUACCUUUAGCCCCCCAAGCCGGCAUUUUGGAAUUUGUAGGCAAUACUCAGCCUUUGCAAGGCUGGUUGUUCGCUGCGCAUACUAGGUAUCGGCCUCAGGACAUCACACCCAAUGAGACGUGGCAGUCGAUACAGGCCAAACGGGCGGCAACCGCUAACAAGCCAAAUCAAGCGGAAGAACUUCACGCUCAUUUUUGUGCACUGCUGGAACGAUUCAGGCCAGUGAUGCGGCAUUACUUCACGGAGAGGCACAAGACGCCCAUGUCCUGGUUUGCGUUACGGUUGAAUUACAGCCGCAGUGUGGCUACAAAUUCUAUCGUUGGACAUAUCCUUGGGCUCGGCGACCGUCACACAUCCAACAUCUUGAUCGACAACGGCACCGGCGAAGUUGUGCACAUAGACCUCGGUAUCGCAUUCGAACAGGGAAAACUGCUUCCCAUUCCCGAGCGCGUGCCGUUCCGUAUGACAGCCGACAUGGUAGACGGGUUGGGAAGCUCAGGUACACAAGGGGUCUUCCAACGAUGUGCAGAAGAAACUUUGCGAGUCCUCAGGGAUGGAUCUGAAGUAAUACUCACCGUCCUCGAGGUUUUCCGACAUGACCCGCUACAUUCAUGGACUGCGAACGAAGUGAAAUUCAAACGGGUGCAGGAGGCGGCGCCUCUGGAAACGAUCCGCCAUAUAUUCGGCAUCGACAUCGCAAAUGGCAGCGCUGAUGAGGCUGCUGAUCGCGCUCUCAAUACAGUCAAGCGCAAGCUGGAUAAGUCACUCAGUGUCGAAUAUACCGUCAACGAGCUUUUGGCAGAGGCUACCGAUACCUUCAAUCUGGCAAACAUGUUUCAAGGCUGGGGCCCAUAUCUUUGACGACUUUCAUGCAACUUCAUCAGGAUCACUGUAAAACAUCGCACGCCUGUGUAGCCAUAAUAAUCAUUCAACAGAGAUAUGCUGUAUCGCAUGAGACAGUUCGUGAAUAACGAAGUCGCUCAGCUAUCCCGGUCGCCUGAGUCGUGUUUCUCAUUCAGAUUUUCUGCAUCUUCCUCGUCAGCCUCAAGGUCAACCUCGACCGGUUUCGAGAAGUCGGUGGUGUCGAAUUUCUUCUUUUCCUUGAACGGAUUAGUGCGCUUCUCGCCCGGCUUCCAGACCGAUUCAGGAGGUAUAAUACCCUUCCUGUUCAGCCAAAGCAGAUCGGGGCCGGCGUAGGCGUCGAGGAACCGAAUCCAAGCGUCAAAUAUGCCAUCCCUAUCCUCGACAGCUCGCAUGUUCUCAUAGAUGAACUCUUGCUUGAACUCGUCUAUGGCUGUUCUGUGUACCUCGAAAUCGAUCGGAGGCCGAUAUCGUUCGUCCAUGAUCGGGAUUCCUUCGUUCGCUUUCGCGACCCGUUUAUUGUAUGUCUCGAAAAUUGGGUAUUCGAGAAGCAAACCAAGGGCAGGCAUCUUCGGGAUUAGCACCUUGCGUGGACCAAAUAGCUCUUCGAUGAUCGAAGGUGGACAUGAGCAUCGGGUAACUAGAACCAGUGUGGAAAUCAUUUUGCGCUGGGAUCUGAUGAAGCAUGAAGCUCUGUCCGUGAAACAUGACCGGGAGCCAUUCCGUCUCUCCGUGGACUUCAGGGGCCUGGACCUCGAUCUUCUUCAUGUAACGGGAACACGAUGCUUCGCGGUAUUCUUUCCCGACGGUGAAGUUGUGAAAAUUGUGCGAACCCUCGAAUUUGCUCGCGGCUUCGCGUAUCCGUGACAACGUCGCUUCGUCGAUCCUCCACUCCCGUUUCCGUUUGAGUUCCUGUUCAGGAGCCGCAAUCGAAUCAAUGUCCUUCCAGAAGGGAUGCUUAGGGAUGUCAUUCUCAUCCAAACCAAGUUCCAGAGAUUUUCGAUUCAGCGAACGAUCCAGGCCGCUUUGAGGUCUUGGAGGGAUGAGUAGGUGAGUGGGGAAGAAGUAGGUAUAUUUUCUACUAUCGCAGGAGUUGCGGGCGUUGAACGCAUUUUGUACGCGAAUGAAACUCCAGACUCGUAUUUGAGGCGGUAGCAGUUCGUUGAUGCGAGAGACCAGGUCGGGUACGCCGGGCACUUCCAUGAUCAUUUUCAUGGAUACGAUGUUGCCCGCAGCAUGGACGCCCGCAUCUGUGCGAGCAGCUCGUGCAAGGCUGACUUUGUUGGGGUCGUCCGCGUUGUCUUGAGAGAUUGCCCCCGCUUCCACCAUGACAUUGAACAGCGUGUUUUCGACGGUCCGAACGUUCUGCUCCAGCGGCUGUAUCUGCAUCCCACUGAAUCCCGUUCCAUUAAAGCCUAGGAGAAUCGCACACUGUCGCUUCGGCAGUCUGGACACCUUUGAACCGUCUACAUCUCCUUCGCCUGCCUCCUGCCUUCUGUUCCCUCCCUUCUUUCUCGCGAUCUGUUCUCGACGAUUAAACUUCUCGAGAGAUUUCUGGUUCCGCCCACGGCCCUUGCCACGACGGGGUGCGUCGCCGUGAAGUGAUGACUUGCUCUCCAGUUCUGUAGACGCUGCCGCCUCUGAUUCCUUGUGUUCUGUAACUUCGCCUUGUGUUUCGUCGAUUCGUGGGCGUUUCAUUGGACGUUCCGUCUCGUUGGGUAAAGUCGCC